AUGUCGAACGAGAAGAACCAGCAGCAGCAACUUGAGCUCGCUCAACUCGAGCACGAGCAUGUCUACGACCCCCAGGCCCGCGAGUCGGACCUCGUCCAGGCCGCCAUCGCCGCGGGUGACGCAGAGACCAAGCUGCCCCUCAAGCAGCUCAUCCGCAUCUACUACCCAGCCGCGCUUUGGUCGAUGGCUCUCAGUGCUGCGCUGAUCAUGGACGGGAUGGACACUGGUCUGGUCAACAACUUCUUCGCUCAGCCGUCUUAUGUCGAGCGCUUCGGUGUCCCCGGCGCGGGUGCGAACGGUGCCAAGGCUAUCCCCGCCGACUGGCAAGCGGCCAUCAACAACGGCCAACAGAUCGGUGCCGUCGCUGGUCUCGCGUUCGUCGGUUGGGCCACCGACCGCUUCGGUUCCCGCAAGAUCUAUAUGUUGGGAAUGGUUCUUCUGUCUGCUGCCAUUUUUAUGCUCGUCUUCGCCCAGAACCUCCCGAUGCUCAUGAUGGGCAACAUGCUUUGCGGUUUCCCUUGGGGUAUCUACCAGACUCUCACGACCGCCUACGCCGCCGAGAUCUGCCCCACCGCCAUGCGUGGAUACUUGACCACCUGGGUCUCCAUGUGCUGGGGUAUGGGGAACUUCCUCGCGGCCGGUAUCCUCCGCGGGUCGCUCCAGCUCCCGGACGAGUGGGCGUGGCGUAUGCCUUACAUCAUCCAGUGGGCAUGGCCUGUUCCCCUCUUCAUCGUCGGCUUCCUUGCCCCCGAGAGCCCCUGGCACCUCGUCCGCAAGGGUCGCUACGAUGAGGCUGCUCGCACUAUCCGCCGUCUCGCUCGUCCCGGCUACUACACCGACAGCCAGAUCCAGGAGCAAGUCGAGCUUAUCAAGUACACCGACGCCAAGGAGAAGGAGGAGGUCGCCUCGGCCACAUACUUUGACUGCUUCCGCGGUGUCAACCUCCGUCGUACUGAGAUCGCCUGCGUUGUCUUUGCCAUCCAGCCCCUCACUGGUCAGGGCGUUACCGGUUACGCUACCACCUACCUCACCCAAGCCGGCAUGUCCGCCGUCAUGGCCUUCAACUACUCUAUGGCCAUCCAGUCCGUCAAUAUCGUCGCCACCGGUAUCGCCAUCUUCCUCACUGGAUACGUCGGUCGCCGCACUUCCUACCUCUACGGAACCGCCGCCAUUGCCCUCUUCCAGCUCGUGCUCGGUGUCCUCGGUGUCGCCGGCGGAUCGGACGUCGCGCUCGGUGUCGCCGUCAUGAUGAUCAUGAUCCAGCUCGCUUUCAAGCUGUCGGUCGGUCCCAUCUGCUACAGUAUCAUCGCCGACAUCCCCAACUCGCGUCUGAGGAACAAGACCAUCGCUCUUGCUCGUGCGACCUACAUUACCACCAACAUUGUCUGUGGCCAGCUCCUCCCGCGCAUGCUGUCCCCGACUGCUUUCAACUGGGGCGCCAAGUCAGGCUGGUUCUGGUUCGGUAUCGGUCUCUUCUGCGUUGGCUACACCUUCUUCCGGGUCCCCGAGACCAAGGACCGGACCUACCUCGAGCUCGACAAGCUCUUCCAGGACCGAGUCCCGGCCAGGAAGUUCAGGGCUACCAAGUUGGACCUCGCCGCACUUUCUGGUCAGAACGACGAGGUCAUCGACGAGAAGGCAGAGAUGCAGCACGUCGAGGGUGUACCUACUACUGAGUUGAGGAGGUAA